GGUUGGACUAUUUGGCGCGAUUCCGUAAAGAAACAAAAACUCGUUUUCGUCGUGAAAUGAGCAAGGGUGACAGGAAUGUUUGGAAUCGUGAAAUUCAGCGAUUAUGAUGAUCAGGUCGCAGUUGUUCCAAGGUCCUGGUAUAAGGAUGGCUAUGUCGCUUGGCCACCAGAGAAGAACCCGAGAAAGUUGCAACAAAUGGUGCAAAACGUGCACCAACCACCAGACUCCUGGGAGCGGCUAAAGUGCACUGCCAUGGAUUGGUUUGAGUCUUACGAGAAGGCUAGACGAAAACUUCCGCGAGCCGAAGAUACCUCUGAUUUGCAAAGUGACGUAGAAAGACGCCGAAAAAAGCCGAUGCGAUGGGAGACAGAUGAAACUGAUGAGGAUGAUGUACUGGUUGGCUUCUGUGCCUCAACUUCCAAGGCACACGGAUACUUGCAACCACGAAAGGAACCACUACCACCUGCGGUAGAGUCUGAUGAUGAGUGGGACGAAGUGGGAGCAAGCUCUUUUGAACCACCACCAACCCCUCCUGUGGUCAUCAAUGAGCCCCCUCAAGUGCAACAAGAUCAUUCAUCUCAGAAGACACACAAGGAAAACUUUAGAGUUGGUGUGAAAGGUCACAAUGUCAAAAGGCGACACCCAUACGGAGAAAAGCACCAAAGUUACCAUGCUGCAGACAACCAAGGAAUGCAGAAAGAACUGUUCCGUUUGUUGCACAUGGUAAAAGCUAAACAAGAGGAGCAGUCUCAACAACUGGACUUCAUUGUGGCAAAGUUAAGCCAGAAUGCUCAGUAUGUCGAAGACUCCAGUGAUGACAUCAUCUUGGACACAUUCAACAUGGUUGAGGAUUUUCUGAGUUUCGACAAUUCGUUGGAGAGCGAAGAAAUGAAGAAAAAGCUGAAGAUGCAUUGGAAAGGCUGUGACGGAAAAAGCAUCUAUGACGCCUUGCAAAGGGUCCUUCAUAAGCUAAUGUCAGAUGAGGUGGCGGUUGAAUUUAGCUUUCAAGGAGGCAAAGGGAAGAGGAAGUUUUGUAACCUUCGGAGCUGGACAGUUCUGCUUGAAUGUCUGCUCGCCAAUAAGGGCCUUGGGGCAACUGAAUACAAGGUGGAGAAGGCGCUGAAGUCAUGGCUGGCCCAUGCGAAGGAACGGAUGGAGAAACGGCAGCCAGAAAAGUAGGAGGGGGGCUGCUAAUUCGACGGCAAGGUUCUGGUCAUUUUUAAAUACUGGGCGUCUCAAAAGAAAGCUUAACUCUAAAAUGGCCUGUAAAAAUCAGCGAUUUGAUGUAUCGAGAGAAAUUUUCUGAAAUAUGUUGUUUACUGGUCAAAUUAUUUAAUUGUAUUUGAAGUUUUAAGUCUGACUUCAAGGAACUUAAAAUUAAAAACAUUACUUUUUCAAGAACUUGAUGACUUGUUGGUAACAGUUCCAACAACGGCAUUGGUUGCUUGCCUUUUGCAGGGAAGGCAUCACCAGUCCGACAAGCGCCACGCACGUGUUUCUAAAGGCUCGUUUACACACUUGAGACGAGACUGGCUUUUAAGCUUUUUGCGACGUCUUAGGACCGGGUGCGCUGCUGCGGAGCUAAUCCUAAG